AUGGCUCACGGUAUUUCAGAUCCUGAAUGUAAAAAAGAAUAUUUCGAUUCACAGAUAGAACUCAAUGCCAAAUUAGAUCAAUUAGCACAAUGGAUAAAAGAAAGUCAACAUUUUAUUGUAUUUACAGGUGCAGGAGUAUCGACAUCAACUGGAAUUCCAGAUUUUCGUAGUGCGAUGGAUACUGUAUUACCCACAGGACCUGGUGAGUGGGAAUUACAAGACAAUAAAAAAUUUCGAUCGAAUAAAGCUAAAAUCAUUGACGACAUCCAACAAGCAAUACCAUCACCUUCUCACAUGGCUCUCGUUGAAUUACAACGUCGUGGUAUUCUCAAAUGUUUAAUUUCACAAAAUUGUGAUGGUCUACAUUUACGUAGCGGCAUGAAUCCAGCAUAUGUCGCUGAAUUACAUGGAAAUAUGAAUUUAGAAACAUGUGAAAAAUGUCAUGCUAAAUAUUUACGAGAUUUUGAUACGGAUAUGAAUCGUUCAGAUCAUUAUACUGGUCGUCGAUGUGACAAAUCUGACUGUCGUGGUCAAUUAAAAGAUUCACUUAUUAAUUUUGGUGAAAACUUGCCUGAAGAUGAGUUGAACAAAGCGUUUAACCAUGCGGAAAAAGCCGACGUUUGUCUUGUUCUCGGUAGUAGCUUAACGGUCACACCAGCAAGUGAUAUUCCUCGUCAAGUAGCAAAACGAAAGAAAAAAUUGAUCAUUGGCAAUCUUCAACGCACACCACUGUAUAAUCGUGCAAUAAUAAAUAUUCAUACAUUUAGCGAUACAAUUAUGAAAGGUUUAAUGGAAAGAUUGAAUAUACCAAUACCGCCAUGGAUUCUUCGAAGACGUGUUCGUAUCAUAUGUCAAAAUGAUCCUGAUAUGAAUAAAUCAAAGAUUAAUAUCGAAGGUCGUGAUCCAGACAAUGCUGAGAUUCCAUUUACACUUUUCAAAUCGAUUCAAAUGACUAUUGGUGAUCGAAAAAAACAAGAAUUAAAUUGUGAACCAUUUUCUAUCGAAAUAUCGAACAAAAACAUCCAUUCGAUUUCUAUUCGACUUCAUUUCUUUGGUCAUUAUAAUGAAGUUCCAUUCGAUUUUCAUUAUAUCAAUAUAAGAAAUGUUCCAAAAGAAGAACAAUUCUAUUUAUUUUACAAUCCGUUGAAGGGUGAAUGGCGUAAAACAAUUGAUGAAACAGAUUUACCUAUUUGA